AUGUCUGGUGAUUUGAAAAGAGUUGCUGAUGAUUUGGAAGAAAAUUCCACAGAUGAUGCAGACUUGACAGUUGUAAAAGGGAAGAAAAUAAAGACAUUAUCUCAGGAUCAUAGUGUUGGUAGUGAACCUGUCUCCACCAUGGAGAUCAUUCCAUCAGAUUCAUACAAGAAAUUUAGAUCGCAAGGUUUUAGGGCCUCUGAUAAAGAACUGAAUGCAACACAGAUGCAAUCUGCCUUUGAAAGAGAAUUAUCAGAAUUAGAACAUGAAGCCCUUGAUAUUGCAGAAGAUGAUUCCCAUAUAAAUGGUGUUGAAGCUAAGAACUAUUUAAGAAAUGCACUGCCUGCGGAUUUUUCUAGUAAAACACACGAUAUUUCAUUCCAACAGAUUGAAGUUGAACAAAGUACACUCUCUUACAUUAAGGAUGAGGACACAUCAACAGUGGUUAGAUUUUUCGGUGUGACCAAUGAAGGUCAUUCGAUUCUUUGUAAUGUUACUGGUUUUAAGCAUUAUUUAUAUGUUCCACAACCUACAGCUGAUAAUGCCAAUGAUAAAGACAAAAGAGAUCAUUUUAUAAGCUAUUUGAACGAAAAUUACAACAACUGUGUUAGUUCUAUAGAUGUCGUUCCAUGCCAAUCUAUUUGGGGUUAUUCUGGAGAUGCAAAGAUCCCUUUCUGGAAAGUUUCUACCAUUCAACCUAACAUGAUCAACAAAUUAAGAACUGGAUUCGAAAGAGGGCAUAUCACUUUUGAAUCUUGGUUCUCCUCUGGAACUACAACCUAUGAUAAUAUUGCCUAUACUUUAAGAUGUAUGGUUGAUUGUGGGAUUGUUGGUAUGUCGUGGAUUACUUUACCAAAAGGUAAAUACAAUAUGGUUCCAGAAGAUAGAAAGGUCUCUACAGCCCAAUUGGAAGUUCUUAUAAAUUACCGUGAAUUAAUAUCUCAUCCUGCUGAAGGUGAAUGGUCACACUCUGCGCCAUUACGUAUAUUAUCAUUUGAUAUUGAAUGUGCUGGUAGAAAGGGUAUUUUCCCAGAACCAGAGCAUGACGCUGUUAUUCAAAUUGCGAACGUUGUCUCUGUAGCUGGUAGUAAAAAACCAUUUGUAAGGAAUGUUUUCACCGUCAAUUCAUGUUCUCCUAUUACCGGUUCUAAGAUAUAUGCACAUGAUAAAGAAGCUGACAUGUUGGCUCAUUGGCGUGAUUUUGUAGUGGACGUAGACCCUGACGUGAUUAUUGGUUACAAUACCACAAAUUUUGAUAUUCCUUAUUUAAUUAAUCGUGCAAAGGCGCUUAAUGUCGCACAGUUCCCUUAUUUCGGUAGGUUAUCAAAUGUCAAGCAAGAAAUUAAGGAAACCAUCUUUUCAUCUAAGGCCUAUGGUACAAAGGAAUCUAAAGAUGUUAACAUUAACGGUCGUUUGCAAUUAGAUUUAUUGCAAUUUAUUCAGCGUGAAUAUAAAUUAAGAUCAUACACAUUGAAUGCUGUGUCUGCUUACUUUCUGGGUGAACAGAAAGAAGAUGUCCAUUAUAGUAUUAUUACUGAUCUGCAAAAUGGUGAUAGUGAAACUAGAAGAAGAUUGGCAGUAUAUUGUUUAAAGGAUGCGUAUUUACCCUUAAGAUUGUUAGAAAAUUUAAUGGCUUUGGUCAAUUAUACAGAAAUGGCUCGUGUUACAGGUGUCCCCUUCUCGUAUUUAUUAUCCAGAGGUCAGCAGAUUAAAGUUGUGUCUCAGUUAUUUAGAAAAUGUUUAGAAAUUAACACUGUGAUACCUAAUAUGCAGUCUCAGGCAACCGAUGAACAAUAUGAAGGUGCCACCGUUAUCGAACCCAUUCGUGGUUAUUACGAUGUACCGAUUGCAACUCUGGAUUUCAACUCUUUAUAUCCCAGUAUUAUGAUGGCCCAUAAUUUAUGUUAUACAACACUUUGUAAUAAAGCUACUGUGGAAAGAUUGGGAUUAAAAAAAGAUGAAGACUACAUUAUUACCCCAAAUAACGAUUACUUUGUAACUGCGAAGAAAAGACAUGGGAUCUUACCUAUUAUUUUAGAAGAAUUGAUUUCAGCUAGAAAAAGAGCUAGGAAGGACUUGAGGGCUGAAACUGACCCAUUUAAAAAGAGUGUCUUAAAUGGUAGACAACUUGCUUUGAAAAUUUCUGCUAAUUCGGUGUAUGGUUUUACGGGUGCAACAGUUGGUAAAUUACCAUGUUUAGCUAUUUCUUCCUCCGUUACAGCGUUUGGUCGUGAUAUGAUUAUGACCACUAAGAAUGCUGUUCAGGAAAAGUACUCUAAGAAAAAUGGUGCUGAGCAUGAUUCUAUUGUUGUCUAUGGUGAUACAGAUUCUGUGAUGGUGAAGUUUGGUAGUACUGAUUUGGGAGAAGUAAUGAAGAUGGGUGAGGAAGCAGCUGCAUAUGUAUCCACCUUGUUCAAACAUCCGAUUAAUUUGGAAUUUGAAAAAGCAUACUUUCCUUACUUACUAAUUAAUAAAAAGAGAUAUGCCGGUUUAUAUUGGACAAAUACUGAGAAAUAUGAUAAAUUGGAUCAAAAGGGUCUUGCGUCCGUUAGAAGAGAUUCCUGUCCAUUGGUAUCGAUUGUUAUGAAUAAAGUAUUGAAGAAGAUCUUGAUUGAACGAGAGGUUGAUGGUGCUCUUGCUUAUGUUAGAACUGUCAUUGAUGAUAUUUUGCACAACAGAAUUGAUAUAUCCAAGUUAAUUAUUUCGAAAACAUUAGCACCAAACUAUACUAAUCCACAACCUCAUGCUGUUCUUACUGAACGUAUGAAGAAAAGAGAUGGUAUGGGACCUAGUGUUGGUGAUCGUGUUGAUUACGUCAUUAUUGGUGGCAACGAUAAGCUUUAUAAUCGUGCAGAGGAUCCGUUAUAUGUAUUGGAGCAUAAUUUACAGAUUGACUCGAAAUAUUAUUUGAAUAAUCAAUUACAAAAUCCAAUUUUAAGUAUCACCAUUCCGAUUAUUGGUGAAAAGAAAGCAAAGGAGAUGUUUGUUGUUAAAUCUAUUAAAAUCAAUACUGGACUAACUAAAGGUGGUCUGUUUGGUUUUGUUAAAAAGGUAGAAGUUUGUAAAAACUGCAGGAGUCCUCUGAAGAAAGGUGAAUCAGCUCUAUGUGAAAACUGCCAAUCUAAAUCUAGUGAACUCUAUAUUCAAGCUCUUUAUGAUGUACGGGAUCUCGAAGAUAAAUUCUCAAGGUUGUGGACUCAAUGUCAACGUUGCGCAGGGAAUUUACAUAAUGAGGUUCUAUGUUCCAAUAAGAAUUGUGACAUUUUCUAUAUGCGUGUUAAGGUGAAGAAAGAGUUACAGGAGAAGGUUGAACAAUUGAGUAAAUGGUAG